AUGGAGGGCUCGUCGCCAAGUAAUUACCAGGCGCAGGUCAAGUGUCUCGAGGGCGAGCUUAAGAAGGCGAAGCAGCAGCAGCAGCAGCAGCAGCAGCAGGGCUCCAUACUAUGGGACGUCGACAAUGAGUGCGAGGCCCCCUCGGACCAGGACCGCCUGGCGGCGAUCGAGGUGGAGCGCUGCACCAUCGCUAGCCUGGACGGCCCGACUUGGUCCAAGCUCAAAGGGGACUUGCGGGCUGAGCGGCAGGUGCUCGAGCAGCAGCUUCUCGACGCCCAGCCUGUCGCUACUCGGCUUCGCAACCUCUUGCACACGGUCGACCAGGCCGAACGCCAGUUGGUCAAAGGCAAAAAGCACCUGGAGACCUGCCGUGGGCGCUUGGUGGCCGCGGAGCAGGCCGCUGAGGAGGCCAAUCUCCGGGUCAAGGAGAACGAGCAGCUCCUUGGGCGCCUCAAGGCCCAGCAAGCCGCGCUGGCUGCUCAGGGCGUGGUCUUGGCAACUGCGGCGCCCUCGCAAGGCGGGUCAGCUGUGGUGCCCAUCUUGCAGCUCGACUCGGAGAAGGUGCGGCAGCUGCUGGCGCAGGGCUUGGACGAGCUUGGCGUCCAGGUGCCCGACUUGUCGCAGUUCGCCGUCCAGCUGUGCGAGUGGGUCCCGCAGUGCUCGCAGCAAUCAUUGGUGCGUCUCGAUGCGCCGGUUGGGCAGGCGCUGGCGGGCGCCGCUGCCACAGCGUCUGCAGGCCCGGCGCUGCCCGCGACGGCGGCCCCCGGCCCCAGCCUGGAGCAGAUGCGCGCCGAGAUUGCAGCAGGGGGAGUGUCAGCCCCUGAAGGCCAGGCCAGCCUGGCAUUCUCGCCAAAGACCAUGACUUCGCUGCCGAUGAUCAUAGUGGCCUUCUACUUCAUCCUGCUGAGCGACUGGCAGCGCCUCGACCUGUCAGGCAUUUUUGACGACGCGCCCGUGGACGUGGGAUUGGCGCCCCCUGGAGCGGCCAG